UUAUGCCUUUUAUUUCUCAUUCAAAAACAAACACACACAUAUAUAUGAAGAAACCCUCAUCUCCUUCAUAAUUUCUUUACAUACACAGAGAAUAUGAACCAUAAACCAAACUCAUAAACAAGAACACCUCUCAAUCCCUCAAACCUCUUGCUCUCGGUCUCCCCUUCCCUGUCCGGUGAAACAACCAGCCAGUGCCGGUUAACCAACGACCGACGGCCACACCCACCCCCCCCUCUCACCACCGGUACACCCCCCAUCCCCACCUGUUUCUGUUCCGGCAAGAGACCUCCAAAUCGCAUUCCUGUACACAACUUGCAGAUUUAGAGAGAUAGAUCGAGAAACAGAGGAGACGCGGUUCAAUCGAGAAGGAGAAAGAGAUAUGGAGGACAGAGAUGGGGUGACGCCGCCGCUCACGGCGGCGACAGUAGGAACGGCGGCGACGGAGCCAGGCGGCGACAAUGGUGAUCGGAGACUCGGACCGGUGGUUUGUGUCUCGGACCAGUGGUUUGUGUCUCGAUCCAGCGGCCUUUGGCUUUAUCCGACAAGUUCACCGGUUUGCUGAAGAUGACGAUGAUUUCCGGCAUGAAUCCGAAGGCGACGGUGGUGGUUCGGCUCGACGGCAGGAGGUCCGAUUCGAGUUCGGGUUACACAGGAAGCAGGCGAGUCAACCCGGGUCAGUCGAGUCAACUCGGUUAAAUCGAGUUAACUCGGUUCGGGUCCAGGUCAAACAGUCAACAGCAGGUCAAGUGGUCAACGGCUCGGUCAAUGGGACAGACGGUUCGGGUCAGCUUAUGAAGCGGGUUAGGUCGACUCGGUCAAACCUGGUCAACUCGCUGAGUCAACUCGGUCAACUCAGCCGGUCAACUCAGUUGACCCGGUCAACUCAGUCAACCUCGUCUGCGUUCGACACAAGAUGUUAAAAGUUUAAGUCGCGAUUAUUUUCGUUAACUAUUCAUUAUUUUAAUAAUAUGUGAUAACAAGCUCGAACCAACAUGAUUAUAGUUUACAUUUUAUGAAAUUUUUGGCAAAUUGAUAUAUUGGUAA